CUCAUUUCCAAAGAAAGGAUCUACAAAACUGCUCUAAACCAGACAUACAUACAUACUUUUGCUGCAGCUCUCCGUUCGUCCAAGGUUCUGAUUCCGAUCAUUCUGGGGUUCUUGCGGUGGGUCAAUCCGCUUCCCCUCCGGCCAACUGUCGCGCUGCUUUCGGUUACGCUCUCAUUCCACCACCAGCAACCUACCUCAUUAUCUCUUGUUCCUCGCUACUGCUUAGUCUCGAAAGCUGGCAUUUUUCCGGAACUCCUCUCUGCAUCACUAGUCUUACCCAUCUUUUCGGCUCUCCUUCAUCACCUUCCCUUCGACCCUCUCCUUCACAAUGGACUACACCAUGGAAGACACUCAGAACUCCGCUCCUGACGCUCACGAGACCUCCAAGCUCGGCUCCUCAGCACAAAGGAGUGACACUCAGAGCGUCACCAAACGUCUUCAAGCUGAGCUGAUGCAACUCAUGCUCUCCCCCUCUCCGGGCAUCUCCGCUUUCCCAGACGCCGACGGCAACCUGCUCUCCUGGACCGCCACCAUUAGUGGUCCAACCGAAACCCCCUACGAAGGACUGACCUUCCGACUCUCGUUCGCCUUCCCCAGCAACUACCCCUAUGCUCCUCCUACCGUUCUCUUCAAGACCCCCAUCUACCACCCCAACGUCGACUUCUCCGGCCGCAUCUGUCUUGAUAUCUUGAAAGACAAAUGGAGCGCUGUGUACAACGUACAGAGCGUGCUGCUCAGCUUGCAGAGUCUGCUCGGGGAGCCCAACAACGCGAGCCCCCUCAACGCCCAAGCCGCCGAGCUCUGGGAUACCAACCAAGAAGAAUACAAACGACACGUUCUUGCUCGUCAUCGCGACAUUGAAGAUAUCGAGUAAAGAGUCCAGGAGAAUGUGUGUUUGAUGUUGCGGUCGGUUCCGCAAACGGGAGAGGAAAAUCAGGUUGCAUUGCAUAACUGGGGUUGUCUUUGGGGUACUUUCGUUUAGGAUGCGAUCACUGCACAGUGUCUCUCCUGGGAUUCUUUUAUAGCAGGUCCCGGGGUCCACCUGUUUCUUGUCAUCUGGGGGUUUUCUGGAGUUUAUGCGUUUGGGAGGGGCGCGAAUUUUCUAUUUUGCUUCGGUGGGGAUGGACCAGCGGUGUGGGGAUUGGAAGGCUAUAGGUCCCUGGAAUCAAAUACCCUACUUUCUUUUU